CUGUCCCUCUCUCUCUCUAUCUCUGUCUCUCUGUCUCUCUGUCCCUGUCUCUCUGUCCCUGUCUCUCUGUCUCUCCAUAGCCCCCUGCCCCCAUGGCUCUCUAUGGAUCCAACGACCCCCCCAGCCGGCGCGGAAGCUUCUCCAGUUUAUCUGGAUCCCUGGCCCCUUCCCGGCUCCCCUCGCUGCGGGGCAUUGACCCACUGGUGCUGCGGGCUGGAAUGGAUACCAUGCUGCCCUCCACUCGCUCCGGCAUGGACUCCCUGCUCAAUAACAACCACCAAGAGGUGAUGCAGGGGCUGAACGAGCGGCUGGCCGGGUACCUACAGAGGGUCCGAUCCCUGGAAGAGGCGAAUCAUAAACUGCAGGACGAGAUUGACAAGAUCAACGCCAAGAAGAGCCAAGCGACCCGGGACUGGGACUCCUACCAGGACCCCCUGCAGCCACUGCGCCAACAGGUAGAAGUUCUGAAUAUGGACAAUGCCAAGCUCCUGCUGCAGAUUGAUAAUGCCAGGCUGGCCGCCGACGACUUUAAAGUGAAGAUAGAGACGGAGCAGAGCAUCGCGGAUGGGGUGCUGAAGGACACCCAGGGGCUGCGCAAGAUGACAGAUGACACCAACUUCCUGCGCAUGAAGCUGGAGGGCGAGUUGGAGACGCUGAAGGAGGAGCUGGCGCAUCUGAGAAAGAACCACAAGGAGGAGGUGGCAUCCCUGCAAGCGCUGAUUGGAAAUAACAAUGUGAAGGUGGAAGUUGAGGGACCCAAAAAGUCUGACCUGAACGAGAGUAUCGCCCACAUUCGGGGUCAGUACGAGAAGCUGGCGGAGCAAAAUCGAACAGAUGCUGAGUCGGCUUAUAAGAAAAAGCUGGAUAACAUGUCCCAGGAAGCCAACACUAACAACAAGGCCCUGGACCAAGCCAAGAACGAGGUGGCCGACCUGCGGCGGCAGCUCCAGGCGCUGGAAAUAGAGCGUCAGACUCUGGAAAAAACGGUGGACUCCUUGCAAAAUGCCCUGAGGGACACAGAAAACCAUUAUGGCUCCAACCUGAUGGACCUGAACCAGCAAAUCUCCCGACUGCAGGAGGAACUGGCGGCCUGCCGGGCCGACAUAGAGCGCCAAGUGCGAGCCUACGAGGCCCUGCUCAACCUGAAGUCCAAACUGGAAAAUGAAAUUCAUGAUUAUCGUACCCUGCUGGAUGGAUUCCUGAACAAAGAGGAGCAGCCUGACCUGCCCCCGGAAAAUGGAACAAACUGAAAAGCCAGUACAGAGGCCCCCGGCUUAGAUCCAGAGGGGAAGUGAGAAGAGAAAGUUAUAGCCUUACUGUGCUACAUGGAGGCUCAUUCCCCUUGCUCCGCCCACUCGCCCCCCGAUUCCAAGCACUGAGCCUCACUCCCCACUCUCUGCCGAUUCUGUCAGCACUUAAUAAAGCUCAAGUCUAAACAA